AUGGGCAGCUGCGUGGGGCGGCCGCGCGGGGAGCGCCCGCCGGCCCCGGGCCACCCCCGCAAGCGAGCAGGCCGCAGUGAGCCCCUGCGGAAGGAGCGGCCCAAGUGGAAGAGCGACUACCCCAUGACGGACGGGCAGCUGCGCAGCAAGCGGGACGAGUUCUGGGACACGGCACCCGCCUUCGAGGGCCGCAAGGAGAUCUGGGACGCCCUGAAGGCGGCUGCCUACGCCGUGGAGGCCAACGACCAUGGGCUGGCCCAGGCCAUCCUGGAUGGCGCCAGUAUCACCCUGCCCCACGGGUCCCUGACCGAGUGCUACGACGAACUGGGGAACCGCUACCAGCUGCCCGUGUACUGCCUGGCGCCACCUGCCAACCUCAUCCUGGAGCGGGGCGGCGACGAGAGCACGGAGCCCCUGGAGCCGGUGCCCAGCGCACGGCGUGAGUUCCCGCUCAAGGUGCGGCUCUCCACCGGCAAGGACCUGCGGCUGAGUGCCAGCAUGGCCGACACCGUGGGGCAGCUGAAGAAGCAGCUGCAGGCGCAGGAGGGCAUCGAGCCGGGCUGGCAGCGCUGGUUCUUCUCCGGCAAGCUGCUGACGGACCGCACGCGGCUGCACGAAGCCAAGAUCCAGAAGGACUUUGUCAUCCAGGUGAUCGUGAACCAGCCGCUGGUGCCCAGGAACUGA